AUGGAUAGUGGCCUCAACCAGCAGCUGAGCUACCGGAUCGAAAGUGGAGCUCAAGAUAGGUUUGUGAUCAACACCAACACAGGGGUGAUCAGUGUGGCCAACAUCAGCAUAGACAGAGAAGAGAAGGACAAUUACCGGCUGACGGUGAUUGCUGUGGAUCGAGGGACACCGCCUCUCUCUGGCACCGCCACUGUGAGCAUCCUCAUUGACGACGUCAAUGACUCUCAGCCAGAGUUCAUCAACCCCAUCCAGACCGUCAGUGUCCCUGAAUCGGCUGAAAUAGGCACGGUUGUUGCUGAGAUGACUGCAAGAGACAGAGACCUCAAUCCCCGACUGGAAUACUACAUCAUUGAAAUCCUCGCCAAAGAUGAUAAUGAUGCUCUUGUGCCUGACCAGCAGGGAGCGUUUGCAGUGGAUUUUAGAACAGGUACAAAAGUUGGGAGGCUGAAAUACUGCUCCAAACAUGGGAGUGUAACACAGUUUCUAAGGAAAAUGGCCAAAAUCAAUGGAAGGCAGGAAAAAGGAAUACUCUAUACCAUUUUAACAUUGAAAAGAAACAUUAUCGGCCCAAAACAUCAUUUAUAGUAACAGUUUUAUCAAAUGUUGCUUUGUUAGACCUUCUGUAUAUUGAAAAGUUCCUAAAGUCAACAAUUUAGUUAUUUGUGUGAACACUUUAUCCCACGUUCCAGCCCUAAGAAAAAGCUCCCCGUUGUGGCUGAUGUAAAACUCAGCACCACCAAGUUUCAAAAGUUAAACCUUACAAUCAGAGUAAAAUCUGCAGCCAGAUAUUUAAAACCAUUAAAAGUUGCACCGCUGACUAAGAAUGUUUUCAUUGCCUAUCUCAAUGCCAUCAGGGAUGGGAUUGGUCUCACCUCCUUUGGGAGGGAAUGUCACAGCGGUGAUGUUAUCAGCACACAGUCAGGUUCGUAUGAGAGAGCAAGAUCUUCCAGCUAUCCUGGUCCAUAGCCGUUUACGGCUUUAUAUGUAAGCACCAGGACCUUGAAUUCAGCCCAGAAAUGAAUCUAAAAGGUCUAAAAAGGUGUGUACCACAAGUGGUUGGGCUGUUUUGCACCAGCCGCAGUGUCUGAAUGCUUUUCAAGGUGCACUCCUCCACAGGGAGUUCAUUACAGUAAUCUAAACUGGAAGGUGACUGAGGUAUGUAUCACUGUGUCUGUAGGCAGACCCACCAUUUCUAGGAAGGGGUGCAGUGGACACAACUGCCAAAGCUGGGCAAGACUCUCCUGACCACAGCAGCCAUUAAUCUAAGAGCAGAAUACAGUGAGGAAGUUUCUCUCCCACUUUUUCUACUUUCUUCCCACCUCUGCUUCUCUUUCCUUUUCACGUCCUGCUCUUCUCCCUUUUUUCCUAUGUCUGCCUUUCCCUUUCUGACUCUCCCUUUGCUUUCUCUGUACACUUUUGAAUGGCUACUUGCUUCACUUCAACUAUAACUAACUAUAAUCUUCUUAUUUCCCUUACGGCUCUCAGACCUGCAGGUUUGGUUUUUCUGUUUCUAUGUGUGUGCUCAGUGUCUUCUUUCCAUCUCAGUCAACACCUCCUCCAUUCUCAUCCUCAUCAUCCCUGGUUCAGUGCCGGUUUGUGUCUUGCUGGCAAAGAGCAGCCAAAACGUGCCUUCCAUGCAUUGUGUCACAGCCUUCACAGACUGAAUGCUGAAAGCUCCUCGGAAGCACCUAGCUGCUAGGGAGUGGGAGGGGCAAGGAUUUUUUAGGGUAAGUGAACUUCCGUCCUGUUCUUUGGUGGAUAGGGCAAGGUAGCAAGGAGUCCUGAAUGCAGUGUAACACAAAUUUGGUGUUCUGACCCUUAAGGCCCACAGUGGUCAGCUUGCAAUUUCUUUUAUCACUUUUCUUAUCCAACUUUUGAAGGAGCUGAGGGAGACUUGUAUGAAUCUUAUUACCUCAUUUUAUACGAACAGCAAUCUUGCAAAGAAGGGGGUAGUCUAAGACAGGCAUAGGCAAACUCGGCCCUCCAGAUGUUUUGAGACUACAAUUUCCAUCAUCCUUGACCACUGGUCCUGUUAGCUAGGGAUGAUGGGAGUUGUAGUCCCAAAACAUCUGGAGGGCUGAGUUUGCCUAUGCCUGCUCUAAGAGAUAGUGUUUUACUCAUAGUCACCCAAGGGGCAUCAUAGAUUAAAUUCUCUCUGCACAAGGCCAGCAUUUUAUCCAUUCCUCGUGCAGCCUCAUGAACGCAGUGCUGUGGCUCCAUAUAAGUUUGCUAUGCUAAGGUAGACCAUGAGUGUCACAGAAAGGAGACAGACCUGAAAGGUGUGCUGAGGCCACAUCAUGAUUUAGCAGGCCACAGGAGCCAGAUUAACAGAGCGAUCCUGUACAUUUUUACUCAGAAGGAAAUCCCAUUGUGUUUAAUAGGGUCUACUUCCUAGUAUUAGUGUUCAGGACUGAAGCCUUGUUCAGAUUAUUUGGAAACCCUUUCUCAGCAAGUAUGCCUUGAUACACAUUCUGUUCAGAACUGAAAGCAUAUUCUGGUCAAUAUCUGAACUUAUUUAACUUAGGGUGAGUCAUUGUUCUCACAAAAUACACUGCCUCUCAGUAUCCAGGUUCGUUGAAGAAAUACAAGUCUUGUUCGUAAUAUAAAAGUAUGUGGGAUACAAAAGAAAUGUAAAAAAAAACCAACAACCCAAAAAUAUUAAAUAAUGUAUGGUACAGAAUUAGGUUGGAUUGAACCAAAGGAAUCUGGAUGUGCUGUGUGUUUAUAGAUGGGUUUUCUGGCUAGGGAGAAUAUAGGUGAAAAGAGACUAAGAAGCUUGUAAACAUUUGGUAGAUGAUCAUACUUCUUUGGCCUGUGAAAGCUCUUGCUCCCAUGGUUUGAGUAUGCUAUUUAGUUUGAAUUUGCCCCCUUCCUUUUCUUACUUUCAGGUGCUGUGAAAGUUAAGUCCACUCUAAAUAGGGAGCUGGUAGCCACUUACGAAGUCACCAUCUCCGUCUACGACAAUGCCAGCGACGUGGUGGACCGCUCAGUUAGUGUGCCAAACGGUACGGCAAUUCCUGUAAUUUUCACAUUAAACUGAGUCACGCGAUGGUGUUGAGAUCAGAAAAGGAGAGGGUAUCAGUCUGGUAAACGUUCAGGUGUUUUAACCUUACUCUUUCCUGUUCUCCCCUCCCCUCUCUGCCUCUCACAGCAAAGCUGACAGUAAACAUAUUGGAUGUCAAUGAUAAUGCUCCUCGCUUCCGCCCUUUCGGGGCACUGUUUUUCAAGGAAAGGAUCCUGGAAGGGGCUACUCCAGGGACCACCUUGAUAUCCGUGUCAGCUGUAGAUCCAGACAAAGGUGCUAAUGGUCAGAUCACUUAUGAGCUACUCGACCUUUCACCUGAGGGAUAUGUCCAGCUGGAAGACAGCUCAGCAGGUAGGUGGGACACAUGGGACCCCUCUCCCCCGUUCUUACCAGGAAAUCCCUAAGGGAUCCCUAAAGAAGCUUCUCCCUAUGGGGGAGGAGAAAUGUACCAUUUUAUUUCCCAUUGUUUUUCCAAUGGCACAGGAAGUUUCAUUGUUUGGGCAGUCUUAUGAAAAAAAAGUUCGUAUGAAACCUUUUCUACUUCACUCAGGUCUCUGCUAGGGCUGACCUCAAUAGCCAAGUUCAUUUAGCUAAGAACUAAACAUACCUCCUGUACAUUCAAGAAUCCUGCACCGUUCGUUUCCUUCGUAAUUUGUAGAAAUUGUUUAAUUAUGAAGACCUAUUUAACACAGUGCCAUCACUGUACAUGGUGCUUUACAGUGUAAGUUAAAGGUGAAGGGACCCCUGACCAUUAGGUCCAGUUGUGAUCGACUCUGGGGUUACGGCACUCAUCUCGCUUUAUUGGCCGAGGGAGCUGGUGUUUGUCCGCUUCCUCAGACAGUUUUUCCGGGUCAUGUGGCCAGCAUGACUAAGCCACUUCUGGUGAACCAGAGCAGCGCAUGGAAACACCUUUUACCUUCCCGCCAGAGCGGUACCUAUUUAUCUACUUGCACUUUGACGUGCUUUCGAACUGCUAGGUUGGCAGGAGGCUUUACAGUGUAGCAUAAGCCAAAAACAAAAACAAAAAACCCAACAAACGUGUCCUUGCCCCCAAGGAGAUUACAAACUAAAUUUAGGCUUUUGGACCUAACUUUUUUGGGAGACGGGCAAUACAAAAGGUGCUUUCAGGUGGGCUCGUUAUUGGCACAAAAUUUUGUUGUUAUCCUUCACUUUCUAGUGCAAUGAUCCCAUCACUUUUCUAACUGCAAAAAAAGUCCAGUAAGAAACCAUUAGCUGGCAGUGUCGUAUAACUUCUGUAUGGCACUAUCUGGAGGAGUGUUCAAUAAAUUGUUCCGUGUUGUAAACAGCCAGUCUGGGAUCUCUGAAAGACUGUGCUUGCAUGUUCUUUGCUUGUAAUGCAAGAAUCAAUGGCCACCAGAGGUUCAGCAAGCUCUCCGCAGAAUCACUAUUUGUGGUCCCCUUUGGUUCACAUUCAUGGCUCAUACCCAACAGGAGCCAGGAGUUCAUUGUUCUGGGCCCCCUAGUGGAGGUCAGACAGGUCCCCUUGAUGUUGCAUUUCAGGUACCUAUGAAAUACAGUUGUACCUUGGAUCCCGAAUGCCUUGGUAGUUGGACAUUUUGGCUCCUGAACGCCACAAACCCGAAAGUGAGUGUUCCAGUUUGCGAACAUUCUGUGGAACCCAAAUGUCCGACAGGGCUUCCGCGGCUUCCAAUUGGCUACAGGAGCUUCCUGCUGCCAAUCAGAAGCCACGCUUUGGUUUCCGAAUGUUUUGGAAUUCAAACGGACUUCUGCAGCGGAUUCCGUUCGAGAACCAAGGUACGACUGUACUUGCUUAUUCCAGCAAGCAUUUUAACUGAAUUCUGAUUUUACAGUUUUAACCAACUUUUAUUUCUGUUGUAUCCUACUUAGAGACAGUUGUAAUUAAGUAGUAGAUAAUAAAAUAAAUAAUGUUUAUCAAAAGCGUUGUUUGCCUCCAGCCAAGUGGAGCUUCAUUCCUAGCAUGAAAUGACCACCAGACCCUUAGGAUUUUCAUUAGCAAUGGCCCUGGACAUAUGUUUCUGGAUAAGCAUUUUGAAAUUUGUCCCAAGGGCCGCAAGAGAGUCUUAACUGUCUGCCAUUCCAAUAGUAGAACCAGCCGUCCGCGGGCAUGUCAUUUUCAUUUUAUUUUUAAUGCCCAUUCAGAAUGGUUUGUUAGAAGGCUGCAGAGAGGUGGGAGAAAAAUUAGCAUCAGUCAAGAUGGCAGUCAUAAUCUUCUCUUUCAGGGAAAGUAAUUUCCAACAGGACGGUGGACUAUGAAGAAGUUCAAUGGCUGAACUUCACUGUUCGGGCCUCCGACAACGGAUCUCCCCGGAGAUCAGCCGAGAUACCAGUGCACCUAGAAAUUGUGGAUAUCAAUGACAACAACCCCAUCUUCAGCCAGCCAUCCUACCAGGUGAACUGAAACAUGAUGUCUAGGUGAGGGACGGGGACUUGGGAAGCAGGAUCAGAUGAAACAAUUUCCUCUACUAUGAAAUAUUAUUAAGUGUCUGAAACAGCUCUAUGGAGCGUAACAUUCAGGACAGCAUACCACCUGUGGUGUGGGAUUCCGUGAUAAGAAUCACAUUAAAACUAACCGUAUAACCGCAUGUAAUUUAGGAAGAGAUUGAAUCCAAAGAAGCUUACGGGUGCAAAAAGGUUGGUAGCCCCUGGUUCACAAUAUAUUGUGGGGAGUGAGAUGGGUGCAAGGUUAGAUGAGGCUUAUGUUCUAUCCAUCCAGUCUGAAAUCUACCUCUGACCAGACAAAUAUCUCUGAGAAGUUCACUAGCAAGGACAUGAUGGCGAAGCAUUUCCUUGUUGACUGCCUGCUCCACCAGGUCCUCAGAGUCCUACUGCCUUUUUGAAAACGAGCACUCUGUUUAACCUUAUUGGCUAAUACAGUGGUGCCUCGCAAGACAAAAUUAAUUCGUUCUGCAAGUUUUUUUGUCUAGCGAAUUUUUCGUCUUGCGAAGCACGAAAUCCCAUAGGAAUGCAUUGAAAUUCAAUUAAUGUGUUUCUAUGGUCAAAAAAAGUCCAAACAAAGCCAAAUUUGGUACAACAAGAGUUUAUUAAGUGCUCUUUAAAGUCACACAUACUGGAAAGAGCAUUUCAAAAUCUGAAGGAACAAUAAAUUAAGUUUCUAAACAUGACAGAAAAACAUUUAAAAAUCAACAAAGUGUACAGUACAUUUUCUAAGACUCUGGGGGACAACUCGAAGAAGGUUCCUCUUCCACGCUUUGCUUCUUGCUGAAGAACCCCCUCCUCAACUGUUCCCCCAGCCACCCACCACACAGAAAUUCAAAUCCAGAAUUUUUUUAAAAAACAGCAGAGUGGCCCAAUGGUCACAGAAAAUCAUAAAAAUUCAGGAAAAAACCACACAAGCUUCCAGAUUCUUGCAAACCCCUCCCCAACACCAAGUCCUUGAAUUCCAAACACCCCAACCCAAAAUCCAAAAACCCCCAAAAAGGUUUUAAAAGUUUAACUUACCAAAUGGCUGCAAAAGAAGUUUUGGAAAAGCUUCAAAAAUCACCAAAGUCUUCAAAAACCUCAAAAAAGGCUACCACACCGCGUUCUAUGAGUUGCUCCUCGAAGUCAAGUCGCAACUGUAUUAAUGGUGUUAAGAAAAAGGAAACAAACUUGCAAGACAUUUUCGUUUUUCAUCUUGCGAUGCAAGCCCAUAGGGAAAUUCGUCUUGCGAAGCAGCUCAAAAAACGCAAAAUCCUUUCGUCUAGCGAGUUUUUCGUCUUGCGAGGCAUUCGUUUUGCGGGGCACCACUGCAGUCAUUAAUAGACCUAUCUUCUGUGAAUCAGUCUUAUGUUUUUUCCAAGAAUGUAACCUAAUUGCCAUCAACACAUCCUGAAGCUGAUUAUUUGUUGUACAGAUUAGGCUUUGUCAUCGGUGAUACACAGGCAGCUCCACCACUCAGUUUGUGGCAUGCAUUGGGUCCGAUACCCCUUUAGAACCAAUCAAAAUGUCUGACAUCAUCAUUUUCUCUUGUGUUUGUUACAGAAACCUGUCUUUGAGGAUGUCCCACUAGGCACUGUCAUUCUGAGGGUCCGUGCCACAGAUGCCGAUUCGGGACGCUUUGCCCAGAUCGAGUACAGCCUGGGAGAUGGGGAGGGCAAGUUUGGGAUCAACCCCAACACGGUAAUAAACUAAGCCAGCCUGCAAGCCUUUGACUAACCAAGCCUCUGUUGAGUUUCGUCUCUACCCUGCUUGUAUUCAGGUCUACUGAACAACUACUAACAAUUUAGUGGAUAGCAGAGCCACUCCCACAUUUGCCUGAGAUCCGCUGACUAUCAGAGGGCAGGUGGUGGAAAAAGAGAAGUGCAUGUAUAAAGAACUCAUAUGCUGCCAGGAAGCGAGUAGCAGAGUUGGGUGCAAAUACCCACAGCUAGGGAUGGACUCGACAGAGCCUGGAUUCAAAAGUGGACUCACGUGAUUCAGUCCAGGCAGAUGUUUAUUCUGUUUUAUUAUUUAUUUCAUUUAGACCCCCCACCUUUUCUCCAAAGCAUACAUGAUUCCUCAUUUAAUCCCUACAGCCACCUUGUCAGGAAGGCUAGGCUGAAAGGCAAUGACUGGCCCACAGUCACCCAGUGAGUUCCACGGCCAAGUGGGGAUUUGAACCCUGGUCUCCCCUGUCCUAGUUCAACACUCUAAGCAACACCACACUGGCUCUCAUGACUCACUUCAGAUCAUGGGCCCAGUUUAACACUUACGGUCAAGAGGGUCCAUUUAUGAGCCAGUCCAAGGACUACAGCCUUCCCUCUGUCCUUUUAUAAAAGAAGUUUUCUUUUAGAAAAGCUCCAGAACAGUCAUCCGACUGCCCCAAGGGGGCUUCUUGCCACCGCACGAUUCAGAUUAUAUUUAAACCAAUAGUAAACUGAGUUGGAACGUACAAAUGCCCCACUUGACAGGAGUCAAGCUGCAUUUUAAGUAAGGCAGUUGCAGUCUUGGGUCAUCAUAAAGCAGUCCUCUUACAUCCGGGAAUCAGUAUACGUGGGAGGGAUUACAUACAGGGGAGAAGUCAGCAUGGGGAAGUCAACCGAACCUCUUUAUACUAGCUUGCUAUAGACCAAGUAGGCAACGCCCCAUGUCUCAUGAUGCUGACUCAUCACGUGAUACUGAGUCAGCAUUUCCCCCUAGCACGGUGUUAACUCCUUGAUACCCGCAACACUCCCAACAGACUUUACCUUUGUCACAACUGUGUCGCAUAUCCUUGACACAUGCUAUACCUUACGAAGACCCAAAGAGACCAACCCCCAAAACUGCAACAUUGGGGUCCCAGUGCAGAUGUACCUUCAGUUGACUGCAAAUGUCAUUUUAUAUAGGAAAAUAACUUACUGUCCAACUGAAUCCCUGCUGAUGCCCAAGUAGGAAAAGCAAUGUGCUCCGUCUAGCAAAUGCACCGCUUCCAUAAAGGUGCCUGAAUGCAUCCAAUAACUUUCUGAAGGUCUUUGUGUGUUCCAGGGAGAUAUCUACAUUAUGUCAACCCUGGACCGAGAAAAGAAAGAUCAUUAUAUGUUGACUGCUGUAGCUAGAGACAAUCCAGGAGCCAUUUCUAGUGACCGCCGAGAGAACUCUGUGCAGGUAAUUGAGUGACAUAGAGGCUUCACUGCAUGUUUUGGAAAAUGCACCUCUGUGGAAGAGGCAAAGUAUCACCAUAUCUGCUUUGCUCAUUUAUAGCGACACCCAGUAUUUCCAUUCCAAACUUUACUAAGAGUACAGAAAAGAAGAAAAGUUAAGUGCAGCAACAGCAAAUGUGCAUAAGGUUGUGACUGCAUGGAAGACCAAGGCAGGAGGGGAGAUUUAAUAAAAAUAAAAACAAAGUCAUAGACUGUGUCAGAAACAAAACAAAGAAAGCAUGGAGAAAGAGAAAUACAGUAGACGCUCGGGUUGCGAACGUGAUCCAUGCAGGAUGCACGUUCGCAACCUGCAGUGUUCACAACCCACGUCUGCGCACACGCAGGUUGUGAAUCGGUGCUUCUGCACAUGCGCAAAGUGCGAUUUAGCACUUCUGCACAUACCUGACCACCGAAACCCGGAAGUAACCCAUUCCGGUACUUCCAGGUUUCGGCGGUCCGCAACCCGAAGAAACACAACUUGAAGUGGCUGUAACCCAAGGUAUGACUGUAGAUGUUAUGGGAAGAGGGAGAAAUGCAUAUGGGAAUCAUCACAAUCACUGCUCCCUAUGCUUUACAAGGGAUGCGGGUGGCGCUGUGGGUAAAACCUCAGCGCCUAGGACCUGCCGAUCGCAUGGUCGGCGGUUCGAAUCCCCGUGGCGGGGUGCGCUCCCGUCGUUCGGUCCCAGCGCCUGCCAACCUAGCAGUUCGAAAGCACCCCCGGGUGCAAGUAGAUAAAUAGGGACCGCUUAUUAGCGGGAAGGUAAACGGCGUUCCGUGUGCUGCGCUGGCUCGCCAGAUGCAGCUUGUCACGCUCGCCACGUGACCCGGAAGUGUCUGCGGACAGUGCUGGCUCCCGGCCUAUAGAGUGAGAUGAGCGCACAACCCUAGAGUCUGCCAAGACUGGCCCGUACGGGCAGGGGUACCUUUACUUUACCUUUAUGCUUUACAUAGGAACCACGUGGCACAGGCAGGAUCAGGUAAGGAAAACCAUACCAGUAUCAGAUGCUGAACUGCAGAGGGGAGGAUUACUGAGACAUUUCCAAUGUACAUGGACUCUUCUUUCAGUGCCAUGUGCAACAGGACAACAAAUGCCACUCCCAUUAUGCAAGGAUCCCCAUCUGCAUCGGGGUUGGCUAAAUAUUUGCAGCCCAAGGCCUGCAUUGGUGGUCAGCCACCCCUCCAAGGGCCACAUCACCAGCAGUAGGUAUGGCCAAAGUAUAUGUGUGUAUGCAUCUGUACACAGCCUAGAGGCCUGCAGACCACAGACACAUAACACAAACUGCACAUGCUCUGGAAUGGUUGCAAUGCUGCCUUAAAGAGCAGGGAGAGGUCUUUAUCUGUGAUCUUAACACUGUGAUGCUUCACAGUCAGCACUGGCAAUAGGAGCCCUAAAGAUUGGGCAAAGGAAUUUUAUCUCCCAAUCAGGAAAUAAAGUACUCUGCUCUUUAGAGAUUGCACUCUGUAUAGCGGACUAGAGCACUUCUUCUGAUCAGAUUGGAAGAUAAAGCUGUAGGGGCUGAUUCAUAGAAAAAUACCCGUAAAAAAAGAUGAGCCAGCUAAGUGAGGUUUUUUCGUAUUCACGGUGUGUGCACCAUUGUGAUGGGAGGAUUGUGAUGUUCAUGUGCUUCAGUCUUCUAAGGGGCUUCUCCCCCCCCCCCCACAACUACAUUAUUGGUUUGCUUUGAUGUCAGGUGGUGAUUACAGUUUUGGAUAUCAAUGACUGCCGACCCCAGUUUGCCAAAAAACAGUACAGCACCAGUGUGUAUGAAAACGAGCCGGGAGGGACUUCUGUGAUCACGAUGACUGCUACUGACCUUGACGAGGGAGACAACGGAAUGGUGACCUACAAUAUUGAAGGACCUGGAGUAGGUAUGUAGCUUCAUGAACAGAGAAGGUUUGUAGACAGGUGGGAAGAAAGAGAGCGGGACGGGUUAAAAUCCCAGAAAUCAUCAAAAGCACAAAAAGGCUCGCUUUCUUUCCAUUUUACAAAAGAGGGAGCGAGCAGGCAAUUGAUCACUGUGUAGAUGUAGACAAUAUGUACCGUAUUGCUUUGUAUGAUGUUCUUGGUUAUUGGUGUUAAUUAUUACCUGUUUCACAUAGGAGUUGCAAUGGGCAAAAUGAUUUGUAAUGUCUUUACCAUCACAAUAAUCCUGUGUGUUGGGUUACUAUUCCCAUUUAAUUAUUUGAAGUGUCAGUGCAGAGGUAGAUCCUGAAUCCAGAUCUCUCCGGGAGACCAUGCUGGCUUUUGCUUUUGCUUCGUCUUUCUUCUGUCAGGUGGGAAGAAGGCAUCCGGAUAUAGGUCACUUCCUCCUACUGCCCAGGGUAGGCAGGGUCAGGUAACAUAGAUUUGAAGACAUAGGCUGGCUGGGGAGACUCUACCCUCCCCUGCGUCACCCAGGUUCAGAAAAGCUUUCCAUCCUCACCAGUUUUUUGGCAGUCUUCUCAAUUUUUCCCCCUCUUAGAUUUUGUCCCUUCUUUUCACUGUACACUUCUUCCUCUUUUUCUUCUGCUUAACGUCCACUCUCUACAGAUUUUCUUCUCCUUUGAGCAAUGGGUCUAGCAGGGAAAGGAAAAAAUGAGAAAAGCAAGGAAGUAUUAUUACCAGGCCCGUAAGGAGCAGUCACAGAAGAAUUGGUGUCAGUGCCACUAAACCUGCUGCCUUGACAACCGCUAGGGUGUCCCCAGAGGUGCACAAUAUCAGCUGCAAAGCCUUUUGCCUUUCUCCUCUGAAGCAGGAAUGCACCAUACCACACUUCUGUCAGUAUUUGUAAAAAGCAAAAAAAGGAGGAAAAGGUUCUGACCUCCCUUUGUCUCCUCAGCCUGGUCCUCGGACCCUUGUCGGCACAAAAAGAGUCCACGAGAAUAUCCUUGCAGAGUUUUAUUCUUAAAAGGCUUUGAGCAAAACACGACUGAAUAACUAUACACACCAGCACUAACCAACCCAAACACCAGCCUCAGCACAAACUAACAUUUCUCACUUUAUAUAUACAACCUGCUGCAGGCUGCUGAGUCAUGCUGACCCAGCUUUAUUCGCAUUAAAGAAACAGCGGCCAUUUUAGCCGUGACAACCUCAUGAUCAGACUUGCUUGGCUUGAAUAUUCAUUACACUCCCUCCAGUGGUGGGUCUGCCCAUAGUAACUCAACAGGAAAAUUCCUCUAGAGCAGGGUUUCCCAAACUUGGACUUCCAGCUAUUUUGGGACUUCCGUUCCCAUCAUGCCUGACCACUGGUCUUGUUAGCUAGGGAUGAUGGGAGUUGUAGUCUGGCAACAGCUGGCAACCCAGGGUUGGAAAAGCCUGCGCUAGAGUGUUGGUCUUCAACUGGUGGGUCAAAACCCACUAACAGCUUGCAAUAGCAGCAGCACCAUCAUAUGAGAAGAAAGAAAGAGGUCUCCAAAUGCUUGUUUGGGUUAAAGGUAGAUCCCAGGUCUGGAAAUACUGAAAGCUCCUUCUCUGCUUCAUGGCUGAGUGGGGAUUGGAACCCUGGUCUCCGAGGUUUUCGUUUAACCACUACGCUAUUUGAGGCAAAGGGAAAUCGCCUUUCUUCUGAAACUUGUAUCCUCAUUCCCACUUGUUUAAGGAGAGAACUAAAAAUAACAGUUUUAACCUUUUCAGUGCUGUUUAGCCUUUUAUCUGCUUUUUUAAAAAGUAGCAGUGAUUUCUGAGUUUCCACAGGAACGUCAGCACUUCUGAGAAUUUUUUAUAGGCAGCCCUAAAAGUAUGAAAUUUGCUGCGUGAGCUAGAUAUGUGCUGUUGCUACUAAACUUAUUACUGUCUGGAUUCGAUUAUUUAGUCUGAUGUAUCAUUAGGGAGCAAAUAAAUUGAAGAUGAAUGAAUUUAUUGUUUGUUCACACACAUUCCUUUUUCUCCAUUUUGCUAUUUGUUGAAUAAGUUUAUUGAAGUAAACUUGCAAAGGUCUGUUUCCGUAGUGCAAUAAUUAAUGCAGUCUCUGUACCAUCUCUUCUGCCUGUAGAGGCCUUCAGAAUUCACAAGGACUCAGGGCUCAUAACUACUCGCAGGCGCCUACAGUCUUACGAGAGGUUCAACCUCACAGUUCUGGCCACUGACAAAGGGAGACCACCUCUCUGGGGAACAACUAUGCUCCAAGUAGAUGUUAUUGACAUCAACGAUAACCGUCCGUUAUUUAUCCGCCCCCCCAAUGGAACUAUCUUGCACAUUAAAGAGGUGAAUCCCUAUUUAGAAUUUCUCAUGCUUCCGAUAAACGAUACAGUAGUCCAGAGUUGGCCUUCUGUAGCUUUAUGCAGCCAGCUGACUUAAUGGUGUAGAUUCCCACAGCAAAAAGUAUAUCUGCUCUGAUCCGUGCUUUGUCUCUCACCUGCUUUCCUGAACAGAAGCAUAUUUGAUCAUUCUCAAUCUUAGGUACAGUAAUAAGUAAUUGGAUAUUAUUAGGAUGCACACAGUUGCUCUGGCUGCACUAUUGAGGGGGGAAAUCAAAAUUCUGCUUUUCUUUAUGAACAAAGCAAUGACUAGAACUGAAAUGUCCAUCAGGUGGCAGCAAUGCAAACGGAUGAGAAAGGUGCCCGAGUACAAAUAUAAAAGUGAUGAGCUAACAUGGCACCUCAGACUGGGCUAGAACAGGAGGAGGAUGACAUCUUACUUUCACCUGCUCUCUGUAUUAUACAACUUGCGAGUACUGACAAACCUGAUCUUAAAGUAAUGUGUGAGCUGUCCUGAGAACAUGAUGGUGCUCCUGCACAUCAGGGGCUCUGCUUAGAAGCUUAUAGGCUUCUAAGUUCAGAAGUUUAAAGGAAUUGGCUGCAAGAGCUCUAAGUACAAGUUUGGCAGGCCAUUCUGCUUUGACGAACCUUUAAUGAAGGGAAGUGUGUGUGUGUGUGUGUGUGUGUGUGUGUGUAGGGAUUUAUGGUUCAUAGGACAUACUGUUCCCCAAUAGACGCUUCUAGACUUGUAUCCUUAAAAGCUUCCCCAGGUGAUACAAUAUUUGUGUCUGCAAACAGGAAAUCCCUCUCCGAUCCAACGUGUAUGAAGUCUACGCCACAGAUAAGGACGAGGGUCUCAAUGGAGCUGUGCAGUACACCUUCCUCAAAACCGGCGCAGGGAACAAAGACUGGGAAUACUUCACCAUCGACCCAAACAGCGGGCUCAUCCAGACAGCAAUGAGGCUGGACCGAGAGAAGCAAGCUGUGUACAGCGUAAGUCCCCUGGUCAGGAAUGCUGGGACAUUCACAGGAGUAGCCCAUGUGGUUCUUUGUCCACAGCUGUGGCCCUCAUUGCUCAGAAGGCUGCCAAGUCCAGCCUGCCAAAGAUGUGUCCCAGUGCUGCAAUGGUGCCCAGGGGCAGGUGGAGAACUCAGACAAGCAUAACAAACAUGGGAACAUGAUUGGGGAUGUGGUGAAGCUGCAGUAAAGAUGUGUGCUUAAACCAGGCCUAGAACCAGCAUGCUAGUGCAGCCUUCCAGGUGCUCAGUCAGUUCCCCUCUCAAGCUAUGUGCUGCCCCAUACAUAGGGAUCCAUCAGCACAGACCACAGGUAGGUCUGAAAGAUUAGGAGCACUGCUCCCCCGUCCCAGGUGCAGAGAUGUUGUAGAUGUGGUCUGGAAGUGUGAAGCCAGCUCCUUCCUGCUCAGUUCCUUUCCUAACUCUCUCUGUUUCUUUCUGUGGCUUCUAUUUCUUCUUUAAUCCAUGGAUGGCUCCACAAGCCUCUUAUAGGGGUCUACUGCAAUGCUGUCACAGGUUCAACCUGUUAAUGUGGGCCAGGGUGGGAAGUCUCCAUCCCACAGGGCCAGGUUGGUCCCGAUUUGGACCACAAGGCCAUUUCCCCCAAACCAUGCCCACCUGUCCCAUACCUGACAUCCAAUGUGAGCUCAGAUGUGGGGCUGACAGAAACACGGCUGGAUUCCGUAGGGAACUCAGUCACACAGCCAAUCACUGCAGAAAGUGGGUUUGGAGUCACUGUCCAUCUGCUGACGGACAGUGGGUUCAAGUCUGUUGGAUUGACUGCACAACCAACACGGUUGACUGUACAGUGGUACCUUGGGUUAAGAAGUUACCGUAAUUCUUUCCAGAUGUCCGUUCUUAACCUGAAACUGUUCUUAACCUGACGUACCACUUUAGCUAAUGGGGCCUCCUGCUGCUGCCACACGAUUUCUGUUCUCAUCCUGAAGCAAAGUUCUUAACCCGAGGUACUAUUUCUGGGUUAGCGGAGUCUGUAACCUGAAGCGUCUGUAACCUGAGACGUCUGUAACCUGAGGUACCACUGUACAUCUGGCCCCCUCAGAAAGUAGGUUGGCCACCCGCUGCUUAGUGCUUUCAAGCAAGGCAAAUCACCCUAGCACUACAGUUCCCAAGCACCCAGCUGCCGGCGGCUUAGGAAGUGCAGCACCAAGGCGCCACCUGCCAGUCACCUGACAUCGUAAUACAGCGGCCCACCUGUCCAAUUUGGCCUCUGAGGGUAGGAACUGAUCAGGAUCAGAGCCACCUCCCGAUGGUAGCCAGUCAGGCUAUUAAAAUGAGGAAGAAAUUAAACUACUUAUUAGUUCUAAUCCCAUGUAAUGCCAUCAGACGCAGAACUGAGACACUGAACCAGCUUUCUGUUCUUCAUUUUAUAUCCUAAAUUAAGAAAUGCCCCUGUUGCCUAUUUCCCCUUUCUGACUCAAAGGACUGGCUAGGGAGUAGAGUCUUCCCUUUGGCAUGGGGAGGAAAGGGGAAAAUAAAUGUUGGUUUCCUUCCAGAACUUUUGAGCUUCCCUUUUACAGACCAGGUGUUGUUUUUUUGUAUGUGUUCCUCCUGCAGCUGAUCAUUGUGGCAUGUGACCAAGGCCAACCACCUUACGAGACCAUGCAACCCCUCCAGGUGGCUCUGGAUGAUAUAGAUGACAACGAGCCCAUCUUCCUGAGGCCGCCUGUAAGCAGGUCUAUCCCUUCCCCUUUUGGACUUCAUUGGAGCUGUGGAAUACCAGGUCCCAAAAUAACAAUCGGGUUCCUUCGGGAGCAAUACAGGGAACGGUUGUUCUUACCUCCACCUCGCAGGAUGCUGUUUGCAGAAUGCGUUCUGCGUAAUAGUUUAUUGGAGUCCCUGGAAAUUCUGGGAAUUCUUUGAUCUUAGAGAAAUGUUCAGUUAUUCGUAGGGGAAAGUUUCUUCUUGCUUCAUUUCUGCUACGACAGCAGACAAAUAGGAAAUACCCAUUGCCUGAGAUCUAUGCAUGGGAGACAUUUGGGAAAGGAUGGUAGCGUAGUUUUUGGCAUAAUGUCAGGGAGGUUUUCAGCGAAUACCUAUGAUAUUAGGAGUUCACAACGCCGUUGCAUCAAGCUAUGCACUGUUCACCCUGCUCUCAAGGCUUUUUUCAUCUGCAGUUUUUUAAUCUUAUGAGUAGUGUUCAUAUAGAUACAGUGGUACCUCGUUUUUCAAACGUAGAAUCAUGGAAUCACAGAAUCAUAGAAUCAUAGAGUUGGAAGAGACCACAAGGGCCAUCAAGUCCAACCCCCUGCCAAGCAGGAAACACCAUCAGAGCACUCCUGACAUAUGGUUGUCAAGCCUCUGCUUAAAGACCUCCAAAGAAGGAGACUCCACCACACUCCUUGGCAGCAAAUUCCACUGUCGAACAGCUCUUACUGUCAGGAAGUUUUUCCUAAUGUUUAGGUGGAAUCUUCUUUCUUGUAGUUUGGAUCCAUUGCUCCGUGUCCGCUUCUCUGGAGCAGCAGAAAACAACCUUUCUUCCUCCUCUAUGUGACAUCCUUUUAUAUAUUUGAACAUGGCUAUCAUAUCACCCCUUAACCUCCUCUUCUCCAGGCUAAACAUGCCCAGCUCCCUUAGCCGUUCCUCAUAAGGCAUCGUUUCCAGGCCUUUGACCAUUUUGGUUGCCCUCCUCUGGACACGUUCCAGUUGGUCAGUGUCCUUCUUGAACUGUGGUGCCCAGAACUGGACACAGUACUCCAGGUGAGGUCUGACCAGAGCAGAAUACAGUGGCACUAUUACUUCCCUUGAUCUAGAUGCUAUACUCCUAUUGAUGCAGCCCAGACUUGCAUUGGCUUUUUUAGCUGCCGCGUCACACUGUUGGCUCAUGUCAAGUUUGUGGUCAACCAAGACUCCUAGAUCCUUUUCACAUGUACUGCUCUCAAGCCAGGUGUCACCCAUCUUGUAUUUGUGCCUCUCAUUUUUUUGCCCAAGUGCAAUACUUUACAUUUCUCCCUGUUAAAAUUCAUCUUGUUUGUUUUGGCCCAGUUCUCUAAUCUGCCAAGGUCGUUUUGAAGUGUGAUCCUGUCCUCUGGGGUGUUAGCCACCCCUCCCAGUUUGGUGUCAUCUGCAAAUUUGAUCAGGAUGCCCUUGAGUCCAUCAUCCAAGUCGUUGAUAAAGAUGUUGAAUAAGACCGGGCCCAAGACAGAACCCUGUGGCACCCCACUAGUCACUCUUCUCCAGGAUGAAGAGGAACCAUUGAUGAGCACCCUUUGGGUUCGGUCAGUCAGCCAGUUACAAAUCCACUGAGUGGUAGCAUAGUCAAGACCGCAUUUUACCAGCUUCUUUACAAGAAUAUCAUGGGGCACCUUGUCAAAUGCCUUGCUGAAAUCAAGGUAGGCUACAUCCACUACGUUCCCUUCAUCUACCAGGCUUGUAAUUCUGUCAAAAAACGAGAUCAGGUUAGUCUGACAUGACUUAUUUUUCAGAAAUCCAUGCUGACUAUUGGUGAUCACAGCAUUCCUUUCUAGGUGCUCACAGACUGUUUGCUUAAUGAUCUGCUCCAGAAUCUUCCCUUGUAUUGAUGUCAGACUGACUGGGCGGUAAUUAUUUGGGUCCUCUCUUUUCCCCUUUUUGAAAAUAGGGACAACAUUUGCCCUCCUCCAGUCUGCCAGGACUUCGCCUGUUCUCCAGGAAUUCUCAAAGAUGACUGCCAGUGGUUCUGAGAUCACAUCUGCCAGUUCUUUUAAUACUCUUGGAUGCAGUUCAUCUGGCCCUGGAGACUUGAAUACAUCUAAACUAGCCAUGUAUUCUUGUACUAUCUCCUUAGUUAUUCUGGGCUGUGUUUCCUCUGCUGAAUCAUUUGCUCCAAAUUCUUCAGGUCGGGCAUUGUUUUCUUUAUCGGAGAAGACUGAGGCAAAGAAGGCAUUGAGGAGUUCAGCCCUUUCUGUGUCCCCUGUUUGCAUUUCACCAUCUUCUCCUCUGAGUGACCCCACUGUUUCUUUGUUCUUCCUUUUGCUACGAACAUACCCAUAAAAGCCUUUUUUGUUGCUUUUAACCUCUCUAGCAAGCCUGAGUUCAUUCUGUGCUUUAGCUUUUCUGACUUUUUGUCUACACGUGCUGGCUAUUUGUUUGAAUUCCUCUUUGGUGGUUUCCCCCCUUUCCAUUUUUGUACACAUCCUUUUUAAUCUUAACUCAGUUAAAAGUUCUUUAGAUAGCCACCCUGGCUUCUUUAGGCACCUUCCAUGUUUCCGUCUCAUUGGUAUUGCCUGAAGUUGUGCUUUUGCUAUCUCCCUCUUAACAAACUCCCAGCCAUCGUGAACUCCCUUUCCUUUUAGUAUUACUGUCCAUGGGAUCUCACCCAGCACUUCCCUAAGUUUUAUGAAGUCGGCUUUCUUAAAGUCAAGAAAUUGAGUAAUCUGUUCCAGAAGCCUCAAACCGGAAGCCUCAGUACGGAAAACUCAAAAUGGAAGCCGUGUUUCCUGUUCAACUUCCAAGGCACGUUCAAAAACUGAGGCACUUACUUCCGGGUUUUUGGCAUUCAAAAACAAAAACGUUUGACUACGGAGACAUUUGGAAACCGAGGUACCACUGUACUUGGAUGACAAUUUAACUCCUUAAAAAAUUAGUAAAGGUGGGGGGAUUUUUUUAAAAAAGCUCUUGAAAUGGAAAGAAAGAAAAUAGCUAAGACUUUCAAGGAAGAGCAAAGGGAAAAGUUAGGUUGCUUCUUUUAGCUGUCUUUAUAUAUCUUGUAUUAUUGGUCGCACCUCAAAUUUUAUUUGAGGUUCAAAAAAAUAUUUUGCUUGCAGUCCCCCACCCCCAAAUGCAAUUCAUUCAGUCAGUUGUUGUUAGUAUUGCACAUUGUUUACCAUUUGUGCCUUUAUGCUUGUCUUAUUUUUGCUACCUUUUAACAUGUGGUUUUCCCCCCUCUCUAUCUCCCCAUCUCUCCCAACAUCUCCUGCAGAAAGGGUCUCCCCCUUAUCAGGUUCUUUCUGUGCCUGAACACUCACGUCCUGGUACAGUGGUGGGCAAUGUCACUGGAGCAGUAGAUGCUGACGAGGGCUCCAAUGCUAUCGUCUAUUACUUCAUUGCAGGUAGACUUCAUUUCUUUUUCGAGACUGUCCUUUGAUGGUUUUCACGCUGCCUUAUGCUUGUAUCAAACCAUCCAGUGUUUUAGAGAGAGAGAGAGAGAGAUAGGCAACUCCCCAUUUAUCCCAUUCCACUGCCACCCCCUUGCGAUGCCAAGAAUGGCACGUGCAGCAGCAGUCAUGUGCAUGCCGAUUGUGCGCAAAUGGGGAGUUGCCUGUAUGUAUGUAUUCAUGUAUAUGUGGUUAGAAGCUCAAUUCCACAGGUGCAGGAGCAGGUGGUGCUGUGGUCUAAACCACUGAGCCUCUUGGGCUUGCUAAUCAGAAGAUAAACAGUUCGAAUCCCUGGGGUGAUCUGCCAUUGCUCUGUCCCAGCUCCGUCCAGCCUAGCAGUUCGAAUGCAUGCCAGUACAAGUAGAUAUAUAGGUACCGCUGCUGCAGGAAGGUAAACAGAGUUUCCAUGCGCUCUGGCUUCCAUCACAGAGUUCUGUUGCACCAGAAGCGGUUUAGUCAUUUACCUUUCACCUCCACAGCUGCACUGCUGAGUGCCCACCUGGUAGGACUAGCCCGUGAACAUUAGAUAAUGGGAUUGAAGGAUGAAAAAAAUUGGAGGAAACCUAAUUGGAAUUUCUGUGUCUAUCUCCUCCCCACCCACCCACACUAAUACGACUACAGAAAUCUCGUUUUAGAGAGGAACAAAUUUAAAACAGAACUGACUAGUUCUCUCUCUUUUUCCCUAGCUGGUAACAGAGAGAAUAAUUUCCAGCUGAGUCGGGAAGGAAAAUUGCAGGUGUUGCGGGACUUGGACCGAGAGAAAGAAGCUUUCUACUCUAUCAUUGUCAAAGCCUCUAGCAAUAGGAACUGGUCACCUCCCCAGGGUCGCCGGGCAACCAGGAUCCAAGCCAUGGAUCUCAGCACUGAUGCUACUCUGCAAGAAGUACGGAUCUUUUUGGAUGACAUUAAUGACCAACCUCCCCGGUUCACCAAAUCAGAAUACACAGCAGGUAGGGAUGGUUCCACUUGAGCAAUGCCCAUUCUAAUUGAAUUACUGCAAUUUUAGGGGGGGGGAAUUAUCAUUUGUUUUACAGCCUGGGUUUAUUUUAGUAUAAUCAGGCAAAUUGGGCAAAGCCAAUUUGCAAAAGGAAAAAUAAUAAGUACAAUUUUAGGACUGAUGUAAAAAUCUUUACUACUGUUUUGUGAAGUGGCAAAACUGUAUGUGAUUUGUGCAUAAGCGCAUUCAGAAUGGAGGACUAGUGACCUCUCUUUACCACAAUGUACAAUGGGAUCUUUAAGACAGGGGCGGCUGACCUGGCUUGGACUACAGCUCCCAUGAUCUCGGAUCAUUGGCCAUGCUAGCCAGGGCUGAUGGGAGUUGUAGUCCAACAACAGCCAGAGGGCCACAGGUUGGCCACCCUUGAUGUAGGUAUUAUUUCCCAAGAAAUGACUUCUACUUUUGUUAUUUUCUCCCUCUGGGGCUUUUCCUUUGUUACUUCUCUGCCUCACCCCACCCUGCUCCCUUUCCGAAAGGGGUAGCAACAGAUGCAAAAGUGGGUUCCGAACUGAUCAAGCUUGUUGCAUUGGAUGCCGAUGUGGGAAACAAUAGCCUGGUCUUGUACAGCAUUCUGGGUAUCCGUUACAUCAAGCAACAUUCCAACGACUCUGAGGAGGUGGCCAACAUUUUCAGCAUUGGUAAGAGAGGCAACAGCAUGCAUGGGGAGGGACCCGUGCCGAGUGAACUGUCUCGCUUGUUUGUGCUGCAUUUGGUUAGCCCUGCUAAGUUUACAUAGUGAAGGCCAGGGCCAGACCAACAUAUUUUGGCACCUGAGGCGGACCCCAAAAUGGUGCCCACUUCCCUGUCAGGGAAGAAUGGGUGAGGGAAGAUCAACAUCAGGAGCAAAGGGGGGAAGAAAAUAUAGACAUCAGGAUCUGCUGUCCCUGUGGACUCUGCCGCCUGAGGUGGUCGCCUUACCUUGCCUCAUGGGUGGGCCGGCCCUCGUAAAGGCAAAACAUUGUGUGCUAAUAGAGCCAUGGUCAUAUAAUCCAUAAGGUUGCUAAUCAGUCAUGCUUGAGAAAAGUUGCUGACAGGGAUGCUGCCAUACAACAAAGACUGCUUUAUAUUAUCUUCAGCAUCUCUUUGCUGGAGGUUACACUAUAGCAAGGUUUCCCAAACUUGGGUCUCCAGCUGUUUUUGGACUACAACUCCUGUGAUCCUUAGCUAGCAGGACCAAUGGUCAGGGAUGAUGGGAACUGUAGUCCCAAAACAGCUGGAGACCCAGGUUGAGGAAACUUUGCACUAUACUGUGGCAGGUUUUUGAGUAUAAGUGUCACAGGACAAAACAAGUCUUUCUGUUAUACUUAAAAUCUCUGCCUGCUUCAUUCCUCUUUAAGUAGAUCUUGGUUGCUGCAAAUACAAGGGAGCCACUGUUUAAUUGGUCUUGGAAGUGAGUUAAACUAAAGGCUAAUUCACAUGUAUUCGGAGCACUCAGGUGGUACAGUCCUGUUUGGUAUAUACCAUUUCAGGCUGCAAUGACUGGAUGCUCCCUCUUCUUUAAAAAAUAUCACAAGCAUUUAGAAAACUAGCACUUCAGAGAGGUGGUUAGGCUAAAACCUUGUAACCUGCUGUGCUGCUUUUAUGUUCAGGAAGGUUUUUACAUGGAGAAGCAUGCUGUCUCCCACACGCAGCCUCAAGUGGCACAAUCUCAACAUGGCUGCAUCAUGUGAUGAUUCUGACCAUGCAGGGUCACUUGUUGGUUCUUCUCAAAGGUAACCUAGACGGGAUUCUUCGAACCUUUGACCUUUUCACUGCUUACAACCCUGGCUACUUUGUGGUGGAUGUCAUGGCCUCAGACCUGGCUGGUCAUAACGACACUGCGGUUGUGGGAAUCUAUAUCCUGCGGGAUGACCAACGGGUGAAGAUUAUAAUCAACGAGAUCCCAGAUAAAGUACGGCAAUUUGAGGAAGAGUUCAUCAGCCUAUUGUCAAACAUCACGGGGGCCAUUGUCAAUACGGAUGACGUUCAGGUAACUGCUGCUUUGGGGCAACACAUUCAUUUCCUUAACAAGCAGUUGAUCUUUCUUUCUCAGUCAAAGAAGUAGAGGUGAAAAACUGGGCAAUUUCCUGGCAAAACCAGCCUUUGGGGGUGCGUUCCCUGGAGCCAUCUAGUCACAGGGAAAUGUAAGAAUGGGAUAGGAGAAGGGACACCUUUUUUUCUCUUGUCUCCCAUAGUUCCACGUUGACAAAAAAGGCCGUGUGAACUUUGCCCAAACGGAAUUGCUGAUCCACGUGGUGAACCGGGAAACCAACCGGAUUCUGGAUGUAGAACGGUAAAGAUGCCGUGUGUCUCCUCUGUGUAGGUUUAGAUUUGAACACAGAAAGAAACACAGCAAUGGGUUUGUGGCUUAGGUGAGAUUUGAGCUGAGGACUUUCCCACGAACAUUUUUAGCCACAUCGCACCAUAAUGGCUCUUCCUCUACAGAGUUGCCUUUGCCUCAGCAGUUAGGAAGAGACUUUUUUGUUGGAUAGACAGCUAAAGAUUCGUUCAGUUCUGCUGCUCAUAUAAAACAUGGGUCUAACCAUGCUUUGCACUGUGUCACAUUGAGGCAGGCUGCAUAAUGUCAUUGGAUAUAACAACCUCUCCUGUCACAAGCACGAGGAGUCUUAGACCCAGGUCCUAGUGUUUUGGCAAUGUUUUGGUCAGCUGGCAUCUGAUACUAGUAUUUAUAUUAGAUAGAAAGACCCUCAAGCAAUGGUAGCCAACCCCGGCAACCUCUGCUGAUCAUAACUAAAAAUCAAUAUUGAAUUGAAACAGCCCUUCUAGUUCAUAUAAUGAUUACUUCAGCAUGAAAGGGUUUUUGUUGUUGUUGCCUUAUGGCAGAGAUUUGUGCAAAGCCUUUUCUUGCUAAUCUAGCAGUCCCAUUCCUUUGUGAGUCUCACACCUGAUUUAAGAUCAGGGAUGGGGAACCUGCAGCCCUCCAGGUGAUACUGGACUUCAAUUCCUAUCAUACUUGGCCAUGCUGGCUGGGGCUGAUGGGAGCUGGAGUCAAUCAACACAUGGAGGUGUCAGGUCCCCCAACUAUGUUAAAAAAAAGAAUUUGAAUGAUGGGCUUCAUGACUCUUCUGAUGCAAUUUAAUGGAAUGAGUUCCUGCUUCCAGGAUCUCUUGAGUUGGAAAUUAUAGCUGGGAGGUGAGGGUUGAUCGUUCUGGCCAUAAACACUUUUUAAAAGUGUAUUUUCAACACUAGGAAGAUGAAUCCAUAAAUAAAGGUUUAACCCUCUUUCUAGAGUAAUACAGAUGAUUGAUGAGAAUAAGGAGCAGCUGCGGAAUCUCUUCCGGAAUUACAAUGUCUUGGAUGUGCAACCAGCAAUCACUGCCAGGGCUCCAGACGACAUGUCAGCGCUUCAGGUAAGAUGGAGGUGGGGGUCCUUCCCUCUCUCAAGCUUACUUUGCUUCCAGCUCUCAUGCUUUUUGGGAGGAGGUCCCCCACAUUCUUCGGAAUUGGCUGCAUUGAAAGGAACUACCCCUUCAUAAACUGUUUCCUUAGGUUUGCUGCAACAAGUUCAUGAUUCUUUAAAAAGCAUGCAGCUGCCAAGAUAUACAAAUGCACCUGUUGAACUUCUUUCUAUUAAAAACACACAAAAAGGACUUAUUUGGAAAGCAGCUGGCAACCUUAUAUUAACUGUUUUGUGAAAAGAGUGCAGGUACAAGUCCUAAAGCCAUAUUGAAAAGAGCUUUCAUGAAAGGAAUCUGUAGUGGUGGGUAUCAAAAAGAUGUUGGGUUUUGCCAUCGUUUUAUUAGAGUGACCAUUAAAUGGUGGAUUCACCAUUCAUUUCCUUUUAUAUUCUCUCCCUGUGACUUGGGCAUGAAUGCAGUUUGGAAUCACCGAGUCAGAUUAUCGAUAUCUCAUCGUUAGGGCAAAUAUUUACCCGGGGAGGGGGUGGUGGACCAAAUCCUUAUCUCCCCUACCCCUGCAGGCCAUGUCUAUCAGGUAGUGAGGGCCUGUCAAUUACUUGAAUUCACAAUGGCAUCAGGGCUUCAGAGCACACCACACAGGGAGCUCUGUGCUUUGCUUUCAAGUCCCAUCAAACGGCUGAUUGGCGGUGCUCCAGAAGCCAUCUUUUUGGUCCAGCCUCUUUGUAAUCAUAUAUGACAUCAGGUGAUGGGCAGCUUGGGCAGAAUGGCCUAGCAGGCCAAAUGGGAAAAUCUGGCAGACCUCAUUAGACCCGUACCCCAAUUUACACUGGGUCAGUAGCCAAGCCAUUUCCUAGACAUCCUAUCCCUGCCGUAACAGUUAGUUUUGUUUUUGUUUUGUUUCUUACCAUUUCUAGAUGGCAAUAAUUAUUCUGGCUAUUCUCCUCUUCCUGGCAGCCAUGUUGUUCAUCCUCAUGAACUGGUACUACAGAACAGCGUGAGUAGCCUCCAGCACUUGCACUGUGUAGGGCAGAGUAUUUCAGAUGCCACAAUAAUAAUAAUAAUGUAUUUUUGGAGCUGACAUCAAACCCUUGCAUACUGCAGAGGAGGAAGCUCUGAUUCAGGGAUUUCUAAAAGGAGUAAUGGCUGUAGAUUUCCACCACAGAACAUAGCCUUGUGGGAGGGUGAAGUGCGUGUACUAAGUUUGUCAGCCCUUCUCCCAGGUUGCAGAGAGGGAAUUUCCCUUUUUGGUGAUUUAUGGCUGACACCUUUGAAUUGCACACUCUCUCUGCUGCCAAAAGUGGAUUCAUCUUCCAAGUUCAUGAUAAGGGAUUUGGCUGCUUUACUCAAAUAUUUCUGCAUCAGAACUGUAAGCUGAGUUGCAUGAGGAAACAUGCAACAGGUCUUUGCAUGUUCAGUGGGAGAGAAAUCUGUUUUCUGGUGUCAAUCUUCCUUUGAGAAGUGGAACAAUAUUUUGUUUAUUUUAAAAUAUUAGGUAUAUUAGUAUAUCUCAAGGAGCAUGACUGAACUGGAUUAAAACAUAGCCUCUCUAAUAUAUUUAAAGAUGUUUAGAUUUAUAGAGAAUUACUUCAAGGUUUGGGGGGAGGAAACCCAAUUUCAGCAAAAGAACUCAGUAGCAAAGGUUCUCAACCAAUAGUCUUCUACUGGUUCAGAACAGUAUGUGAGAGGAUGUUAAAGGGCCAAUCACAUUACACGUAUGAUGAACAGACUUCACAAUACAAUUCUUGUGCUCUUUCCCCUUAGUUAUUUUGUGUCUUGCAGGCACAAAAGAAAACUGAAAGCAAUUGUGGCCGGUUCCACAGGUAAGAGAUCUUGGAAGAUCCAUUUUUCCCCCUCGCCCAUUGGGAAGGAAAUAGACACUGAAGAAUAUGAUGAGAUAGCCAUCACUCAUAACACCAUACGGUGAAUAAUAAGACCAGCAGCUUGGCCUAGGUUGCUUCCAGUCCUUGACUCUUUGGUGCUGGUGAAGUGUUGCUUUUCCAGUCAACUGGAAGUGAAAUUAAUUAAGCCUGAAAAACAAUUGAUGUUGUGUUGCCACCCUGUUGCACUCCAAUGACAACUCCAUUAAAAAGUAAAUAAAUAAAGGAUGUAAAUUCUAGACUAAACUGCUUGUGUGGAAGCAAACUAACAAAGGCUAAACUGUGAAACUUUAUUUGACGUGAUGAUAAGUAGUGAGGAAAACUUUAGCUGAUAAGUUUCUGUGUGUCUCGUUGCUGGUAGAAGCACGGGGCCAACAAAAAACGAUUUUUUAUAAGUCAAACUCUAAACUCAACAGAUGUGAAUGAUUCUCGGUAAAUUUGACACAUUGCUUUCUUCAGGUAACCGAGGUUUCAUGGACAUCAUGGAUAUGCCAAACACAAAUAAAUAUUCCUUUGAUGGGUGAGUUGUCAACAAUUUCUGAAAGGUUUAACGCUGGCUAAAAGAGGCUAUCCGAAUGCUGACCAUGCCUAAUUAAAGACAAUCUUGGCCUCUGGCACCUAUGAUUCUUACUUUUGAAGGUGGCUGUUAACAGCACAAUCUUUGUAUAUAGCGCAAUCUUUGAAAACAUGAGCUUAAAGAAAAGGAGUGCUUAAAGUUAUCUGAGAUAGUAUAUUGACAAGUAUGUGGACCAAACUGGUGGAUUUUUCUUGGAUGGUUUCCCAUUGCAGUUGUUUAUUGUAGGCAUCCUGUAUCCUUUCUAGAGCCAACCCUGUGUGGCUGGACCCUUUCUGCAGAAACCUGGAGCUAGCAGCACAAGCUGAGCAUGAGGAUGACCUGCCGGAGAACCUCAGUGAAAUAACAGACCUGUGGAACAGCCCAGCCAGGACUCACGUGAGAGAGCAUCUGCUUGCUUGCUUGCUUGCUAUACUAUGAUUAAAGCCACAGUAUAGUCAACAUUGUCCUAAUUUUAGCCUGUAGCCUAUGCCAGCAUGAAAGGGAACUCAAAUUAAUGUGAAGCAAAAGAAGGCAUUUUGAUUGUGUGCAUAAAUUAGAAUUGGCACUAUUUGUCAAUCAUCACCAUCCCCUUGUGCUAGAAUAUCUCAUUUAUCUAUUCUUAACUCCUUUCUCGUCCAGGCCUAGUAAUCCAGCUGCACCUUUGUUGCCCAGUAGGAAGAGGCCGCAGCAAUGGCAUAUCAACAGCAAUGUAGCUGCUACAUUAACCUUAGCGCUUCCUAGUCUAAGAUUAGUUGCUAUGAUGCACUUCAUGGAAAAUUAGAGUCAGUCAUGUAGCAUGUACUUGUUGUUCAUUGUUAAUGAGAUUUUGUUCAACAUGGCGCAUGCCCUGCUUAGUAAUUAAAUUUUGCAACGGGGGGUGGGCAUGUUGUAGACAAAUGUUAGCAAGGGGCAUUAGGAAAAGAUUCCCAGAUGGAUUUUCCUUCAGGUCUGGAGAGACAAGGAGAGAGAGAAGCUAUUUUAAAAACCUCUUCUUUUUAGGGAACAUUUGGCCGAGAGCCUUCGGCUGCCAAACCCGAAGAAGAUCGCUAUCUGAGAGCAGCCAUUCAGGAAUACGACAACAUUGCCAAGCUAGGCCAGAUCAUGCGAGAAGGGCCCAUCAAGGUAUGUUCUAUUAUUCUCAGUCUCAGUUCAGUAAAAUGUUCAAGUUUGUGGCACUGCUUGGCCAGAGGACAGAACUCUCAGCACCAUGUUUCGUCUGCAAUCCAGUCUUGGAAUGCAGUUGUUUUGGAUAGUCACGCAGAAUGCACUAUGUGGCAAGAAUCCCAUUUUAAUGAGGAUUAUUAUACAAGGUGUGAUUCAAGAGGAUUUAUUAGAAGGUUUAAGGAUAAAUGUUUCAGCCAUUAUUAUUAUUAUUAUUAUUAUUAUUAUUAUUAAUGGAGAGGAUAUCUGGAUUUAGAGUAGCUUCUCACGGGGAUUCCCUACACAGAGUAAGUUUCGACACAACGUGGCAAAGGGCCCGAGUGUAAUUUCUCCUGUUGCCCAUUCCCUCCCUCCUUCCAGGGCUCUCUCUUAAAGGUAGUCUUGGAUGAUUACAUGCGACUGAAGAGACUGCUUGCUCAGCGGAUGGUGCAUAAAGCCACCACCAGUCAUGGGGACCAGUCCUCAGUCUCUGAGGUAGAAUCUGCUUGUGCAUGGGAGUUCUUGAAAAUGCUUGUUGUGCCCUUUGGGAUGUAGUGUUUGCUUUUCAGAACUGUACCCUUCAGUAUUGAUUGUGUGGUGCUCAUAGCUAUUUCCCUCUGUAGCACAAGAGCGCAGGAGUUCAAUGAAACAGGCAGAAGGAGCCCCUCUCCACCACAGGACUGUGCAACCUGUGUCUCACUAGGUGUUACUCCCAUCAGCAGCCUCCAGCAUAGCUCACGGUCAGGAAGGAUUUGUUGCAAGCCAACUCUGCAGGGUCACAGGGUACCCAGACCUGUUCUGCCCAAACACAUCCCACUGAAUUAGCUACUUUUUCUGUGUCCUAACUCCUCCUGGGCACUGAAAGUCUCAUGCUAGGCAUGUCUAUUCAUGUUCUUAGUGUAGUACUGAAUUAAUGUGCAGUGCUAAUUCAUUCUGUAGGCCUCUGGUUUGCAACCAGUGUGCUGUGGCACCCUAGAGUGCCUUCAAUGAUCAGGUCAGGGGUGCCAAGGGCAACAUUGGCCUCUUGUUCCUCCCCUCCCUCCUCUGAUGCCCUCCUGUGUCCCAAAGGCUUGCACAGCUGUUUAUUGCAGCAGCUGUGGCUAUAAGUUCCACAGGCGAAUGGUGCCUCUGGGAGGCACCUCUCUCUGGGGCAAGGGGGGGUGUGUGUCAGCUCAGAGAACAGCUGCCAGAGGACUCGGGAGAGGAGAGGAGGCUUAAGGAACACUCCACAGGGGAGGGUGUUCGAAAAGGGGUGAGAGACUGCCAGCUCUGCAGGCAAGGGGUGACAUAACUGGGCCCCUGACCCCACAGGGUGCCACAGAAAGAAUGUAGUUGGUUAAUGGAACCGUGGGACUCAAAAAGAUUGAAAACCUCUGCUUUAGGCAUUAGAAUCCCUUGCCAACCACUGUGAAGUAAUCACACUUCCAAAAGGGGCAUAUAUAGAUAAGAGAAGAAAACUCUAGGUCAAUUGUUCACAAAAGGAAAGUUGCAAUUCUCUAAUAAAUGAGAACUUUGUAGGGGAGCUCGUAGACUCACAGCAAUGAGGGAUGAAGAUAGUGCAAUAAAAAAGUUCUAAAGGAAGAAGGCAUGAGACAGAGAGAUGAAAAAUAGGAGGACAUGGUCUUUAAACAUCAAGAACUGUAGCUGCAAGGAUUUUUGUGGAAGAAUUGGGGGGGAUAGUAACAGGACAUUCCUUGCACAUCAGUUUAUGAAGGCUAUAGUGAAACAGAUAGCAAUACACUGGGGAGAAACUACAUGUUUAAGCACAUUGGAAAAAGUUUACUUUGCUGGAUUGUAGCCAGAGUGUGAAGAACUUUCAGGGAGCACUUUGUUUCUCUUCUGUAAUCUCUCUGUUUGCUUUAUUAUGCCCAGUAAGUUGAGCCAAGUGCACAGAAGUGGUGAACCAGUUAAUGCUUUGUGCUUGAUUGCAAUCUUUGUCUAAUCCGGUUUCCUUUUGCCUUUGCUUGUAUUCUACCUGAACCUGGUGUUCUUAAUACUCUCCAGCUGGUUCAGGCUUCUUAGCAUCCUCUUUCUUCCUGCUCUCCCAUUGGUUAGACCCUCCUUGCCCACCUUAUUAAAAUCGGAAACAUAUAAUGCACAACAUUAUACAGAAGCACAGUAUUAAAUACCUGUUCUUUGUGGUUUGUUGAUUUUAUGGGCUGUAUGGUGUCUCAGGCUGGUUCCCAUCUAAGCAGCAGCCAAGCCUGAAGGCACUUCCCUUUGGAGACAGAACGAUAGUUCAGCCUUUCAAUCUACUCUGUGACAUCUCACUGUGCAGAAACUGCCAUCUUUGCCUUAUUAAGAUUUUAAGAUGCGACUGUGCAAGAACCAAUCCAAAAAUAUGUCUCAAGUUGUAUAUAAUGAAUGCAUUUUAUUCAGGGCCAAUAUUAAGCUCUUUGUAGGAAAGAUCUAAAGCGGGCUUCCUCAAACUCAGCCCUCCAGAUGUUUUUGGCCUACAACUCUCAUGAACCCUAGCUAGCAGGACCAGUGGUCAGGGAUGAUGGGAACUGUAGUCUCAAAACAUCUGGAGGGCCGAGUUUGAGGAAGCCUGAUCUAAAGAGACCUAUACAUCAAACAAGACAGGAAAAUGAAUUUCCCAAGGCAACAUCUGGUUCCUCCCCCAGUGCAAAGAGUAAGGGCUUGGCAAGAAUCGUGCACUCCCCAGCAAUGAAGACUUAAAGCCCUAAACCAGUGGACUCUUCUGAGGAGUGAGAGCUCCAGUAUAUGCAGAGAAUUUCCUAGCCUGAAACAGCUUCUCCAGUCAUUUCAAUGGAGAAUGAGGUUCCAUGUGCAUUUCGGUGCAUGUCAGUUACUUCCACUGGAAUCAGCUAGGUCACCCAACUGCUUGAGUGUUAUAAACAUAGGAAUUUUGAGUGGGGUAAUCAAACUCUAGAUAUAAUCAGGGUCUUUAGGUUGAGAGGGGACCUUUAUCCUGUUCCCAGAUUAGCUCAGGAAGGGAAUGUAACUGCAGCUGAAAACAGCACUGCCUAAGCAACGGGGAGCACUACGGGGUGUUGAUUUCAACUUGGGUUUUGUUCCAGCUGAUCCAGAACGAUUUGGACGACGACGACGAGCAAAGGAGUCCAAGCCAAGGGAGCCUCCGCUUCCGACAUAAGCAGCCCAUUGAGCUCAAGGGACCUGAUGGAAUCCACGUGGUCCACGGGAGUACAGGUACUCUGCUAACCUCUGACCUCAACAGUCUUCCCGAGGAUGACCAGAAGGUGCUGGGCCGCUCCUUGGAGACACUGACUGCCGACGGUGGGGCGUUCUGUGACAAGAACGCCCGCACCGAGUCUGCCAAAUCCACCCCUAUGCACAAAAUGAGGGAAGUGAUCAUGGAGAGCCCACUGGAAAUCACAGAGUUAUGA